CGUUAAUUAUUGUCGGGAAGCUAAAAAAAGUGAGUGACAUGUGAGGGCGUAACCCAUACUCUGAAUGUGUUCUCUGCGUUUAACCCAUCCGUUUAGAGCACACACAUUAGGAGUAACGCUAACCACAAACCCAGUUGCUCACAGAUGUGACCUGUAUUUUUGUGCCCAACUUAUUAAAAAAAAUUUGACGUAACUUCACCAGUUUCCAAGGACUAUCUGGUGUUGCUGGGGCUUUGAAGAAGGACGAGACUGCUGUAGUGAAUCUAGAGGAUGGCGAAGUGUAAAACAGACUGCAUCGAAAGGCCCCUGUCUCUGGCAUUUGAAAAGCUUGGUCAUGUUGUUGGUAGAUAUCCAUGUGUGUUUCUUUUAUCAGCUAUAUGUGUAGCUGCUUCCCUCGGAGCUGGUUUCAUUUUUCUUCAGGAGAGGAAGGCCAAUGAUAUUGAAGACCAGUUUACGCCUGUCAAUGGACCUGCCAAGUUGGAAAGAGCAAUUGUGGUGGAAAAUUUACCACAAUCUGAAGAGUUUUCUCAGUUUCGGCUUGUGUCUGAAGGCACUUAUGCCUCUUUGAUCAUCACAGACUUGCAUGGAGAAAAUAUAUUAACUGAAGCAGCUUUUAAUGACAUUAUAGAGCUAGACAGACGAGUGAAAAGUAUAACGACAGGAAACACUUUUGAAAACCUCUGUGCCAAAACAAAGGGAAGGUGCAUGUCAAACGCAGUUUUAGACAUUAUAAAUUACAAUGCUACUGAAAUCGUUUCUUCAAACAUAAAAUAUCCGAUGAAUAAGGGCACGUUUUUGGGAACAACCAUCGGCGGUGUAGAGUUAAAGCCAAAUAGCUCAGAGCUCACCAGUGCCAAAGCGGUCAGGCUUUUUUAUUUUUUAGACGAGAAGAAGACAAAGGAAAACUCUGACUGGCUUGAUGGCUUCCUAAAACUCCUCGCAAAUGCUACAGAGCAGAAAACGGUCCAUGUGUCUUACUUUACAUCAACAUCAAGACAGAAUGAGUUUGAGACCAAUUCAGACUCUGUCAUCCCCCUCUUCUCUGUUACGUAUUCUCUGGCCAUUACCAUUUCAAUUCUGUCUUGUUCAAGGUUAGACUGUGUCAGGACGAAGGUGUGGGUGGCCACGUUCGGCGUCGUCUCCGCUGGUAUGGCCGUGUUGGCCAGCUUUGGACUGCUGCUGUUCUGUGGGAUGCCAUUUGCCAUGACCGUGGCCUCAGCCCCCUUUCUGAUCCUUGGUGUUGGUGUUGAUGACAUGUUCAUUAUGAUCUCCUGCUGGCAGAAGACUGAAGUUAAUAAAGACGUUAAGUUUCGUUUAGCAGAAACUUAUAAAGAGGCCGGCAUGUCCAUCACUAUCACCACGCUGACAGAUGUGAUGGCUUUCUACAUCGGUCUCAUGACGCCCUUCCGCUCAGUUCAGUCUUUCUGCAUGUACACCAGCACAGCUCUUCUGUUCUGCUACAUCUUCAACAUCACCUUCUUUGGCGCGUGUCUCGCACUAAACGGAUGGAGAGAGGAAGGCAACAGGCACUGGCUGACCUGCAUGGUAGUCCCAAAAGCCACUGGUGAUGAUGGAGGUUGUUGUAUAGGUGGGGCGUAUGAUAAAAACACACAGAAGGAAUUUGAAAUGCCAGUGGAUUCAUUCUUUAAAAAGUAUUACGGCCCUUUUCUGACAAGAGCGUGGGUUAAGACGCUCGUGUGUGUGAUCUAUGCCGGGUAUUUGGCAGUCAGUAUCUAUGGAUGCUUCCAAAUACAGGAAGGUCUAGAUCUUAAACAUUUAGCAGCAGACGGCUCAUAUGUUGGUAGUUACUAUGACAAAGAAGAUGAAUUCUUCUCUUCCUUUGGUCCCAAUGUCAUGUUAGUUAUAAAGGAUAAAGACUUUCAGUACUGGAACCCAGCUGCUCGUGAAAGUCUUGACUUGUGUUUGGAAAAUUUUCAAAAUCUGACAAUGGCAGAUUCAGGCAUUUCACCUAUUUCUUGGCUGAGGGCGUACAUGCAGUUUGGACAGGGAAGAGGUGUCAAUUUAGACAAUGAAAUGCAAUUCAAAGGCCCUUUAACUGCAUUUCUUAAUCUGUCUGGUUUUAGUCAAGAUGUUAAUUUCACUAACAAUCAAAUUCAUGCUUCACGUAUGUUCAUUCAGACUGUGGACAUCCACACAGCGAUCGAUGAGAAGAACAUGCUGAAUGCAUUUAGAGAAACCGCAGAAAAUUGUGGGAAGUUGCAGACACCCGUUGAUCUGAUAGUGUACCACCCUGCAUUCAUCUAUUUCGACCAAUAUGCCGUCAUCAUCAGUAAUACAAUCCAAAACAUAGUGGUUGCUACAUGUGCAAUGUUAGUCAUUUCACUCCUGUUGAUCCCAAACCCUCUCUGCUCUCUCUGGGUGACUAUUUCUAUCGCAUCUGUCAUUGUGGGAGUCGCCGGUUUCAUGGCAUUAUGGGAUGUUAGUUUAGACUCUGUAUCUAUGAUUAAUCUUGUUAUUUGUAUCGGGUUUUCUGUUGACUUCUCUGCUCACAUAUCCUAUGCUUUUGUGUCAAGUGAAAAAUCCUCAGCGAAUGAGAAAGCCAUGGAUGCCAUCACUAAACUGGGCUAUCCCAUCAUUCAGGGUGCCAUGUCCACUAUCGCAGGAGUGGUGGUGCUCGCGGCUGCUAAAAGCUACAUCUUCAGGACCUUCUUCAAAAUCAUGUUCUUAGUCAUUCUGUUUGGGGCCGUCCAUGGCAUCGUAUUCAUACCAGUGUUCCUGACCUUCCUCGGCACUUGUAGUAGCAGUCGUGAAAAAAGCAAACCAAAUCUUCCAGAGCAAAAUGAAAUAACUGCUUUAACUCACGAUUCACAUGUAAUUCAGAAUAAGCCUGCUGAUCCUGACUGUUACUGAGCUUACUUUUCUGAAAAAUUUCACCUGUAGAAUUUAUUAUUCAAGGUGAAUUUCUCAAUAUACUAUUGUGCUCCAGUUUUUUAUCUUUUUAUUUUUAUCCUUGUCAUCAGUAUUAUUUUCAAUGCAGUUCUGUUUAAUAUGCACAUCUAUUCAUUUUACAGGGUUUCUACAGGUUUCAUCAAAUCUAAUUUAAUGCUUUUUAAUGCCUUUUUAAUGCCAAUUUUUUAAUUUUUAAUGCCAUCUAUAUAUGUCGCUAAAUGUCGAUAGAUGAUAUUAUACGGCAAAAACAAUAUUCACCAUGUCAUUGUUGUAUUCAUGUCAUUGUUGUACACUUAUCUCAGACUAAUUGACAAGCGUCUCGGAAGCUAGAUCAGAUUAACAAAUAUAUUCGUCACAAUGCGCUUUCUUGGAAAAAAAGUCGCAAAAGGGGUCUGAAAAGUCGCUAAGUUGGCAACACUGAUGCAGCCUUCCAUCUCCAGGCCCCAGGCCACCGCUGUCCAAAACAGCGUUACGGCAAUUUUACACCGGUCGGAGGCAAUUACCAAACUGGUUCCACGUGUGUAUCACACCAAUGUACAUAUUUUACGACAGCAAAUCAAAGUUAUUAAUUAUGAAGGCUAUUAUUCAAUAUAAAAUGUUAUUAUUUUCCCUCAAAACUAUCUAAAAAAAAAUGUAAUGCCUGUAGGAAUAAAAUGUAAUGCUUUUUAAUGCCAUUUAAGGCCUUAAUUUUCGCAAAAUCCAUUUAAUGACUUUUAAUGCUUUUUAAUGCCCUGCGGAUACCCUAUUUUAACACGUGGAUGCAAACACAACUUCACUUUUGUAAUUCAGUUACAUUCAAGUACAUUGAUUAAACCACAUUACUGAACAUUGGAAUUAAAAGAACUUGAUCUCAGCAUAAUUGUCACUGAAGUGGAAAAGUGAGUAAUUUAUGACAGUAUUUGCACAAAUGCAUAAACACCUCUGCCGCUUAUGUUCUCUCCUGUCUCUGCUUGUUUGCAGUGCAAGGGUAAAUAAAAAACUGGUUCUUUAAAUAA